GUUUGCUUGCUUUUUUAGUACUUUUUAUUUAAUUAUGCAAAAGUUCGGAAAAUGAUAAAAUCGUAGAAAUCUAUAUAUUUGCGUAUAAUUAUUAUAUAAAUUUCCUUCAAGACCAAAGAUACAACUAUUAUAUUAAUGUAGUAAGACCGCUUGUGUGAAUAGCAAGAUGAUCAAAAAUUUUACAGUUUUCAAAAGAAAACUUUCCCAUGUAUGCAAUUUGAAACCAUAUAAAGACACUAAAUGGCUUAUGCCGAACGGGAAUCCUACCGGAUUGUUUGUGUAUAACUGUGUAGCAGAUCAAAAAGUUCCUGUGAUACUUAGUGAUCCACACAUCGCUACAUGGUACUCCUGUGGUCCAACAGUGUAUGACUCUGCACACAUUGGGCACGCAAGUUGCUAUGUAAAAUUAGACAUUGUCCAACGGAUAUUAAAAUCAUUCUUUAACAUAAAGCUAGUCACUGCCAUGGGAGUAACAGAUAUUGAUGAUAAGAUCAUCAAAAGAGGCAAAGAAACUAAUACAAAUUUUAAAUCAAUUGCUCAGCAGUAUGAAUAUGAAUUUUGGCUUGAUAUGGCCAAUCUAAAUGUAGAAAAGCCAUCAAUAAUUGCUAGAGUGUCAGAUCACAUCCUGUCAAUAGAGCAGUUUAUUAAAAAAAUAAUUGACUCUGAUAUGGCUUAUGUAACACCUGAUGGUUCAGUGUAUUUCAACACUGCUAAAUUUCCAUCUUACGGCAAGUUACAGAAAAUGCAAGAUUGUGGGGAACCUUUAAGUGUAUUAAAGAGAAAUAAAAUGGACUUUGCUCUGUGGAAGGGGCCAAAGCCAGGAGAACCAUCUUGGCCUGUUUCUUGGGGAGAAGGCAGACCAGGCUGGCAUAUUGAGUGUUCAGCUAUGGUCAGCAAACUGUUUGGCUCACAGUUGGACUUUCAUGCUGGAGGAGUGGAUCUGCAAUUUCCUCAUCAUGAAAAUGAAGAAGCUCAAUCGUGUGCCUUCCACAACACAUUACAAUGGGCCAACUACUGGAUACAUGUGGGACAUUUAAGUGUUAAAGGUGACUCUAAAAUGUCUAAAUCAUUGAAAAACACAAUUUCUAUUCCUGAACUCUUGGACAAGUAUAGUGCAGAUACGUUCAGAAUGGCUUGUCUUAUGUCAAAUUAUAGAUAUCCAAUGGAAUACAGUGAUCAGAUGAUGCAAACUGCCGAGGAAACAUUGAAGAAGUUUAAAUUUUUCUUAAAAGAUGUCUAUGUUUAUGUUAACAAUAAUGCCCUACAAAACGGAGUCUAUAAAGAUAAAUUAUUAGAUGACCUCCAAAAUGUGGAGUAUCAAAAUCUUAAAUUUCUCAAAUCUGAUUUUGACACAGCUUCUUGCAUCAAUAACUUAUUAAGUUUGAUGUCAAAUACAAAUAAUAUAAUAAAGGAGAAGAAUGGUGAAUAUUAUCCAGUACCAAUAAUACUGAUAGCAGAUUAUGUGACUACAGUUCUGAUGAAGUUUGGUGUUACAUUGAAAGAAAACACAGAAGACUCAGUUUCCAAUUCCAUCAUAGAUACUUUGGUUGAUUUCCGACAUACAGUAAGGUUAAAUGCCUUAACAAGAAAGGACAAAGAGCUACUCAAUGCUUGUGACAUAGUUCGAGAUAAAAUGAAAAUGAUCGAAGUUCAGAUCAAUGACAGUAAUAAAACAGCUUCCUGGGUAUUUACUAAAUAACUGUGAUUUGUGAUCAAAGACACUUGUAUAGAAGUUUUUUUUUUUGUCUUAUGUAAAUAUUGAAUCGUUAAUUAUGUGUAAAUGCAAUUAUGCACUAAGCACUAAAAAUUAAAAUAUGACUCGUUUUU